UCAGAUGACCUGUUCCGGUCAGUGCUCUUUCAGUGUCCAGCUUACUCUCCAAACAGCCUUUGCCCUCAGAACUAAAAACUUACAGACAACAAUUUAGAGGCCAGCCAUGGGAGCACUUGGAGUUUUUAUUGUCACCUUCCUUUUCUUUGGAGUAGCAGUGUCAUCAGUCACUUUUGCUAUUUCUGAUGCUUUUUCUGAUGAUGACACAACAGCUCCCCCGAGAAAGCCAGAAAAUCAGGAGUGUCCAAAUAUUGCCCGAGACAUUGUGUUACUGAUCGAUGGGUCAGGCAGUGUUCGAUUUAUGGAAUUUCUUGCACAGAAAUUAUUUGUUGGACUCUUCAGUAAAAGUUUUCCUGAAAAUACUCUGUUCUCCCUCCUGCAGUUUUCCAACAUAAUUCAGGAGCAUUUUGACUUCAGAAGUUUCCAAAAUGACCGAAACCUAAACUCUGUCCUACAAGAAGUCCGUCAGCUGCAUGGCUCUUCCUACAUGGCCACUGCCAUCCGGAAAGCUGUGGAACAGUUCACCCCUCAGAAAGGCGCUCGCAACAAUGCCAAGAGGUUCCUGGUGAUUGUGACUGGUGGAGAAAAAACUGGGGAUCCCUUGGACUAUGCAGAGGUUGUCCAGGAGGCUGACAGGGCUCGAAUCACACGCUUUGCUGUUGGGGCUGGUCCAGCGUUUUCAAGCAGACUGGCUCAGCGGGAGCUUCACGCCAUGGCUUCCCGUCCUGCCACAGAGCAUACCUUCAUCCUGCGACAGUUCUCAGAUCUCAUAGAUAUCCAACUGAAAAGGAAGAUUUGUGCCAGUCAUGGUACUGUGGUUCCACAGCCCACAUUAGCACCCCCAAUUUCUUGCACCUCGUGCUCGGAUCCCGGUGUGCUGCAGAAACUGGAGCAAUUGGUCCAAGGCCUGGAUCAAGUAAAAUCCAAGUUGGAUCAGCUAGCUGCCAAGGUUGGGAAAUGCGGACAGAGUUCCCAUGGUUAAUGUAGUUGGCAGCAGGAGGAGAGUGAUGCAAAGAAAUGCAGGAUAAGCUUAAGGAGUGUUUUUGUAUUUUUGGUUGAGUUUCAAGGAACCAAACUUCUGAAUUUAAUCCAGGUUCCAAUAUGAUGCUGAAGACCCUUUGAUGCAAUAAAACCAUUAGCUCCUCA